AUGGCCUCUCUUAGCUUGACUCAGAUCAGAGGCAACAACCCAGUUGCCGAGUCUGCCAGAACUCGUUCUCCUCAGUUGGGUUUCCCUCUUCGGUCUAGCAGAGUUGGGUUUCGGGUGUUUGCGUCAGAGAGCAGCAAGGGCCCAGAGCCUGAUCUGAGCGUUAAUGUAAAUGGGUUGCACAUGCCCAACCCUUUCGUUAUCGGGUCGGGUCCACCCGGUACUAACUACACCGUCAUGAAAAGGGCCUUUGAUGAAGGCUGGGGUGCUGUGAUUGCCAAAACUGUGUCGCUUGACGCAGCAAAAGUGAAGAAUGUCACUCCACGAUAUGCAAAGCUACGAGCUGAUGCAAAUGGCUCAGCCAAAGGGCAGAUUAUUGGGUGGGAGAAUAUAGAACUUAUAAGUGAUCGACCUCUUGAAACUAUGUUGAAAGAAUUCAAGCAAUUGAAGGAAGAGUAUCCGGACAGGAUUCUGAUUGCUUCAAUCAUGGAGGAAUAUGACAAAGCUGGCUGGGAGGAACUUAUUGAUCGUGUGGAGCAAACUGGAGUUGAUGCCUUUGAAAUCAACUUCUCCUGUCCUCAUGGUAUGCCGGAGCGCAAGAUGGGUGCUGCUGUUGGGCAAGACUGUGUACUGUUGGAAGAAGUCUGUGGAUGGAUCAAUGCCAAAGCUACAAUUCCGGUUUGGGCAAAGAUGACUCCUAACGUCACUGACAUUACACAGCCAGCUAGAGUGGCUCUUAGCUCAGGAUGUGAGGGAGUAUCAGCUAUUAACACGAUCAUGAGUGUAAUGGGAAUAAAUCUGACUACCUUACGGCCUGAGCCUUGUGUGGAGGGAUACUCGACUCCUGGGGGCUAUUCUUCCAAGGCAGUUCAUCCUAUUGCACUUGCAAAAGUGAUGAGUAUCGCAAAAAUGAUGAAAUCAGAAUUUGCUAAUAAAGAUCUUUCACUUUCUGGGAUCGGUGGUGUUGAGACCGGUGGUGAUGCUGCUGAAUUUAUCCUUCUGGGAGCAAAUUCUGUUCAGGUAUGUACUGGGGUUAUGAUGCAUGGGUACGGCGUUGUGAAGAAACUCUGUUCUGAGCUAAAGGAUUUCAUGAGACAGCACAAUUUCUCAUCUAUAGAAGAUUUCAGAGGGGCUUCCCUCGAGUAUUUUACAACGCAUACUGAUUUAGUACGCCGACAGCAAGAAGCCAUCCUACAAAGAAAAGCUGUGAAGAGAGGGUUGCAGUCCGACAAAGAUUGGACAGGAGAUGGUUUCGUUAAAGAGACCGAGAGCAUGGUCUCUAAUUAAACUACACGAUGAUUGAAAACAAAUGAGCUGUUCAUCUCUUUUCUGGUCUAAAGUUUAGCCGAAAAUCCUUUUAUUCCAAACUGAGCUGUGUUCUGUAAUAAUAAACUGUUUCAGAUGCUUUUUACUAAUCAAUCUAAUUGAAUCAAAUAAACAGUAUGGCUUUGUAUA